AUGUUCUCUAAAGUCUGGACAUCCGCCACCCUUGUUCUUGCCCUUGCUCUCCAAGUUAGUGCGCAUGCUGCUAUCUCCCCUGCCCUUGGUGUCCGAGGGACUCCGGCCCGCAACAAUGUUAAGCGCCCAAAUAACGCCAAUCCCUGCGGAGCCAACGUUAACAUUGCCUCGACCCUGGAUUCCUCGACUGCAGUGACCGCUAACGCUGCUGGGGCUGUCAAUGUUGUCGCCAUCAACUUCAAUGGAGGUCGCGAUGGUUCAAGGAGGGUCACUGCCAGGGUCGAUCCCUCUGGAACAGGAAGAAACUUCGUUGCAAUGACAGUCACGACCAACGGUAACGCAGCGCCAAACAAUGUUGGUCAGCAAAAUAUUGUGGCCAACCUCCCGGCCGGUACUAGGUGCACUGGAGGUGCCGGAAGGAAUAAAUGCCUUGUCCAAUUUGUGACCUCUGCUGGCUUCGGAAACUGUGUCGCCGUCACACAGGCUGCUAACGCUCGGGCCAACGCUGCUACCGGCUCGAGAAACAGAAGGGCAGCCGGCACCCGCGCUGCACGCGCUAUGCUCGCUGAACUCGAGGCGCGAGGCGAGGAAAUUGCAGAGCUCGUCAAGCGCCAGUUCUGGACAACAUCUCAGGACAGAGACUAA